AUGAAGGGUGCCGUGCCAUCCACAUGGGCGUCGCUUGCAUCCGUAUGGAAGAAAACAGUAGGAGAAUUUGAACUGUCAACUCUUCUCAUGGCGCAGGCGGUUGCGAUGUUGGCACUUUAUAAAGUAACUAAUGGAUUUCAAAUGCCAUUCCGCUCCCUCUUCUUUUUCAUACUUGUGAUUUAUGUCAUUUUACUCGCCCUGCACCUCGUCGGCGCUGUUCCCCUCCUUUUCGAGGUUUAUGACAUUAUUGUACGGAAUUAUACCUCAACACAAGAGGGCGACAGUAUGAUUCACCUUUGCAGGGAUCUUCAUGAGCUGGCUGAAACGGAGCGUGCGCGUGUGAUGUUUGUUCUCACUCUUGUGUAUGUUUUCCUUCAAUCUUUUUGUCUACCGGGAUCUGCACUCAUCAACGCGGCGAUUGGUGCCGUCAUUGGCCUUCCAUUAGGUGUGCCGUAUUGUGUUUUAAUGGGUACUGCUGGAGCCUCCAGUUGUUACACAAUUUCUCACAUUAUUGCGGGGAGAUGUAAUGGUCAUAACAACCGUCUCGUGCAGAAACUCCGCAAACAAGUGGAGGAGCGAACUCCUAGUGAUUUAUUUGCUUAUUUUCUGUUGCUCCGACUUACGCCCGUCGUGCCAAAUUGGCUACUUAACAUGGCUUCCCCCGUUGCAGGCGUGCCGUUACCGACUUAUGCUGCCGGUACGCUUAUUGGAAUUAUUCCACAAACGUACAUUUCUGUGAGAUUUGGAGAGGCAGCACUCACUACGCUGUCAGGUGAGGAAUUAAUGAUGACACCUUGGGAUAUGAUGUGGAUUGGAAUUCUCUGCAUUGUUGUGUUUGCCGGAUGUAUGCUCAAGAGACGUUAUGGGAAAGUGGAUUGCAACACGUAA